UGCCAGGAUAACGGCCAGACCCUGUUCUGCAGCAUGCCUUCCCACCAGGUUGCUGGCCCUUCCCCAGCCCAGGGUAGCCCAGCCUUGAGGGAGAUGGAGCCCAAGGACCAGCAGCUCAUGGUGGCGCUUCGAAUCCGUCCACUCAAUGCAGCAGAGUUGGAGGAAGGAGCCACCGUCAUUGCCCACAAAGUGGGGGACCAGGUGGUUGUGCUUAUGGACCCCAAUGAGGAUCCUGAGGACCCUCUGCGUGCACACCGGUCACGGGAGCGCACCUUCAUUUUCGACACUGUUUUCGACCAGCAAGCAUCACAGGAAGACGUGUACUGUGCCACCAUCCAGCAUUUAGUGGAAGGCGUCAUUUCUGGAUACAACGCAACAGUGUUUGCCUACGGCCCCUCAGGUGCAGGGAAGACCCAUACCAUGCUGGGCAUGGAUGCGGAGCCUGGCAUCUACCUGCAGACCCUCACUGACCUCUUCCAGGCCAUCGAGAAGACCCGGGACAACAUGGACUAUAGCGUGUCUAUAUCUUAUCUUGAGAUUUAUAAUGAAGUGAUCCGGGACCUUCUGAACCCAUCCUCAGGGUUUCUGGACUUGAGGGAAGAUUCUAAGGGCAGCAUCCAGAUUGCAGGCAUCACAGAGGUCUCCACCUCCAAUGCCCAAGAGAUCAUGCAGCUCCUCACCAGAGGAAAUCGGCAGCGCACGCAGGAACCCACAGCCACCAACAAGACGUCAUCCCGCUCCCACGCUGUGUUGCAGGUCACUGUGCACCAGCAGAGCCGCAGCACAGAUCUGGCAGAGGAAGCGCGCCUUGGGAGGCUCUUUAUGGUGGACCUGGCGGGCUCAGAAAGGGCAUGCCAGACCCAGAACCGGGGCAAGAGGAUGAAGGAGGGCGCACACAUCAACCGCUCGCUGCUAGCACUGGGUAACUGCAUUAACGCGCUCAGUGAGAAGGGUGGCAGCCGGGCGCAGUAUGUGAACUUCCGCGAUAGCAAACUCACGCGUCUGUUGAAGGAUGCCCUGGGAGGGAACAGCCGCACAGUAAUGAUUGCCCACAUCAGCCCAGCAAGUACCAGCUUCGAGGAGUCACGGACCACACUGCUUUAUGCCUACAGGGCAAAGAACAUCAAGACACGGGUCAAGCGCAACCUAUUGAAUGUCUCCUACCGCAUUGCACAGUACACGGAUGUCAUCUCUGACCUACGCAGGGAAAUCGAACACCUUAAAUCAAAAAUUGAGAAACAAGAGAAGAAGAAAAGCGAAUCUGGCGUCCCAGAUGUACAAGUCACAAUCACCCCCCAUGAUACAGAGGAGGACAGCCGCCUGCAGAUGAAUAAGAUCCGGGCACAACUCAUCGGGGCCUUCAAGGAGCAGAUGGAGAUGCGGCACAGCCUGGUGGAGCUGGAGAACACCAACAUCGAGCUGCACAUGGACAUGUCUCGCCACCUGCUGACCAUCGCAGACUGGGAACGGGAGAAGACCCACCACCACGUGCCCAGGGACAAGGGUGACCCAGAGAAGGAUGAGGAGCCUGCAGAUGCUGAUGGGGCUGAGGGCGAGUCUGUGGAGCCGCACGAAGUGGUUCUGGCCAGAGAGGAAGUUGGCCUGCUUUUAGCUGAGCAGCGGAAAACUUCGGCCCUCAAGGCCGGGCUGGAGCAACGCCUGGCCCAUGCCAAGCAGAAAGCCUCACAGAUGGAGAAGCUGCUGCCUGAGCAAGUCACCAGUGAGGACCAGCGGGAGGUGCUGAGGCUGCUGUGCAGGGCCCAUGAGCUAGAGGUGGAGAACACAGAGCUGCAGGCCAACAGCCUGUACUGGAAGAACUUGCUGUGCCAGAAGGACUUUGUGAUCCAGCGCUACCACCAGCACCGGCUGCUCUGUGAGCAGGUCAUCCAGGAGCAGCGGCAGCUGAUGCAGGACAGUGGUAUCCAGGUUCCAGAGUCUCUGGAUAAGCAGUACCGGCUGUACUCCCAGGAGCAGAGCGAGGGCACACUGGACCGCCUGCUGCUGCUGCACUCAGUGAUGUCUGGGCCCCUCCGGGAUGGCUCCAUUCUGCAUAUCUCACCCAUGCCGGAGGAGCCCAGCCGAGACCAGCCUGAGGACAGGAAAGACUUCCUGCGGGGCCCCCAAGUUGAGCUGCCCUCAAUGCCACUGGAGAGAGACAGUGAUGGUAACAAGUCAUCAAAAGCCACACCAUUGAAAAAGCCAGGAAAGCAAGACUGUCUUCUCCCUCCGCCGUCCCUCCGAGUGCUGUUGACUCCUCCCAUCCACGAGAAGCCAAGCUCCCUGAAUAUGAAGAGCCUGCUGUCCAAGGUGUACCCCCCAGCUGGGUUGGAGCUGGGCACCCUGUGGCCAGCAGGGGAGGCUGGCAGCCUAGCCCUAAGCACCCAGGUGCUCAAGGAGAUGGCCCUGGGCACCAAAAGCAUUGCCCUCAUUGCAGCCAGCCGACGCUCCAAAGCACAGGAUUGGGAGGGCAACAGCUCCUCCCGCCACUUCCUAGAGGAGGCAACCCUGGAUUCCAGAGACCUGAAGCCCAACACCACCCCUGACCCCACCCUGGCAGAUAGGAGCUGGCCCCAUGCCAGCCCACGCAGGGACCAUUCCAUGGACAGGAAGUCCAGGAGGAAACGCUCACCCUCGCUUACCUGGAGCGUGCAUUCGGAGAAACUUCAGCCCCACUCUGUGGAGCACCUAGUGGACAGCCAGCUGCCCCCAGCACACCUUCAGCAGUCAAAGUCGCCAGGAAAGAGCUUUCUCCCUGCUGUCCCCGUGGCCUCCAAGAUAAAACCCAGCCUCAGUUUCCACACAGAUGAGAACACACUUCAUGUACCUGAAGUCAGUUUCACCUUCCCCAGCGCCAUGUGGCAGAGCAGCACAGGCCCAAGCAGGCCACCCCUCCUGCCCAGGGACAUCCGAGGGUCUACAGAGAGUGGAGGGCCACACCACAGCCCGCUGCCCCCCAGCAACCCCCGGAAGCUCCGGGAUGGCAGUGCCAAGAGGCCAAGAAGACCCAAAUAGAUGGUGGAGCCAGAGCCUCACACAGGGAGGCCAGAGGAGCUUGGCCUUAACCUAAAAUUGGAUUGGAGAAAAGAGGGCCCUCGCUGAACACUUUGGGGAUAGCCCUUACUCUAGAUUCAGGGGCCAUCUCACCUUCCAAACGAGGGCUGCCUGUGGAGUACCAGGACCCUGACUGUGGACCCUUCCCAGAGGUCCCUGGCCUUUCUUGGGUGGCCACAGUUGCAGAUGCUGUUCCUGGGACCACGCCACAUCCUGUUAUUGUCUCUGGGAGUACCUGUGUCUCGGAGCACUCUGGUCACUGCACACCACUCAGCCAGGAUGAAGAGGAUGCCCAAGCAGCCACUGGUAGGUCAUGGGGAAGAAUCUGUCCCCAUCCCCACAAACUUCAGCCAACCUGCAGAGUGGACCUGGUCUCUCCCAGGUGUGCAGGCUAUCAGAAGCACAAUAACUUAGAGGAAAGCUGUACCCCAAACCCCCAUAAAUGGGAACCUAUAUUAAGGUGAAGGCCUAAGGGGUUUAUGAGUUUUAGUAAUUUUUUCAUCAGAAAAGCACACAGAAAGCUUGAGCGCCAUCCUAUGGAUACAUGGUCGCGGCAUCCUCUGAUCAUAUUUGGCACUUGCUUUUUCAAAUCCACACCUUCACCCCUCGCACUCUGGGACUCCUGUGUGGAGGCUGUGGGGGUCAGAGCCACCUCCCUGUUGAUGGGAGCCACUUCUUGUUGGCCAGCUUCCUUAAGCCAGGAGGUGAGCAGGACCAAGAUGGGAGCAGAGAUGAGCUCUGUGGACUUUGGCAUCAGCAUCUUAGGGAAGGGAGGUACGGGUGGCAUUCUGGCCUCUUGGCCCGAGUAGGAUGCCCAUAAUUGCUGUGUAGACUCCAUAGCUGGUGGUGCAGGCUGGCCUCCCCGUCAUGACACCCUCUGUCAAUGAAGACAGGCUUGGGACUUGCCCAAAGCCAGGCUGCCCUUCUGGAACUUCUCUGCAACCUCUGGGGCACAUCAAUACCCACCCCUUCACUCAGAGGGAGGCACUACGCCUGGAGUAUAGGAUUUCAAUUUUUCUACCUGGUCCCAGACCUCUGAGCUGAAGCUGGCCUGGGUCUCAUGGCCCUUUGGCCUGGUGGCCCUGCUACUGACACUAAGUACCUCCUGAGAUGUGGUAUGAAAUGACUUCAAGAAAGUCAUGGACAAAUAUUUUUAUCUUAAGGAUAUUUAUCAUAAUGUGUAUUAGAAAAAAUAUGUAACUGGCCCAUAAGACAUUUGAGUCCAUUAAUCAUGUCUAAACUUAAAGAGUGAGUUGCUUCAAAGGAAAAAAAGGAUCCACCCUCUAACUGACCAGGUGGUACUGGGGCAAAGCGGCGAUCAUGAGUGUGAUUUGCAGUGUCUGAGGAGCAGGACACACAGCCUCCCCUGGGUCUCAGAGGCUGAGUUUAGCUGCCAAACAGAAAACCCUCAACAGUGACUUAGACAAGGUGGGGCUUAUUUGCAGGGAAAAGCAGGGAGGUGGCAUCAUGUCAAGCUGUUCUGUGAGGUCAUUGGAACCACGGAGGAGGAAGCCCAGGGCUCAGGGUCACUUGUAGAGCUAUAGCCAGCACAUCCACAUUCCAGGCCAAGGAAAGGCCACCUGCCAACCUCUGCCUCUGCCUUGCUGGCCAACACAGUGCACUCAUGGCCCUCCCUUCUUCAAGGCCUUCUGGGAAUUGUAGCUGGGUUCAUUGCCUUAAUAUAACCAGGUUUCCAUGAUUAGGAAGGAAAAAUGGACACUGGGUUGUCACCCAGCAGUCUAUAACACCCUCCCCAGGGUGCAGAUAGCAAAGUUGAGGCCCAAAGAGGGAUCUAGUAUUCCAAAGUGAUUGUUGGCUCAUGCUACUAAAAAUGGAGGACGCCCUUGGCUUAGCUUUGGGGGCCCCUCCCACACUGCCUCCUUGCCCUUCCAUUCUCAGCCCAGCCUCUGGCCUGGCCCCUAGCAGAGCCUGGGGGUGACUGCAGGACCUUCCACGGCCCCUGGGCACCUGCCACCAGCACUCAGGCACCCUCAGCUGCUUGUCCCUCAGGUGGGGUCCCUUCCCACCCCUGCCGGUGCUCCUCCUUCCACGGCCCAGUUGGCCUGCAGGCUCUGUUCUGCCACAGAUGACCCUCCCUGCCUGGGCUUCUGCAGGGGCCUGACCUUGCCUGAUGGGGUUGCAGUCAUGUCUCCUGGGAGGGUUCCAGGGUGGUUGAAGGGAUGCGCGGGUACAUAGUGCGAGAACAGGGUUGGCUACGGCACAGGCAUUCGCUGUGCCUCAGCUGUGGCAACUGUCAUUGCACAUUUGUUGCCUCGUCACCCAUCUGUCCCCGGAGUAGUCAAUCUUGUGCUUUCUCAAAGCUCAGACCUUGACUGGGGGAUGGGACAGCCCCCUCUCAGGCAGGUACACAGUGGCCACUCAGGAGAUGGCCAUGACAAGUGAACUGCGAGAAACUGGCACACUUCGGGCUGUGUGCCCAGGGAGAGGAUGGUCUGAGGCUCCUGGUGACUGCACAGGGUGUGGAGUGGCAGGCCCAAGACAGCUCUUAUUUAAAAGCAGUAAUUGUACCAUUUGGCUCAUAAAGCACUUUCUCAUCCAUCAGCUAACCCAAGUCUCAUUUAGCAGCCCCCCCCCCAGGCCUGUGGGGAAAGAGGAGCAAAUUUUCUUUUACAAGUGAGAAGCUAAGGCUCAGAUGGGUUUGAGACUUGCUCAAGGCAAAGGAAGCAGGAUCCAGUGGGGAUGAGCCAUGCCUCUGCCCCUCUGAGAGCAGAACCCCGUGCUCCCCAGUCCCUGUCUCCUUCCCUCUCUCCUAAGGCCACCAAGCAAUGCAGCAUGAGAGCUGCUGUGCAAGCCCUCCCCCCCACCCCCGCAGACUGUGGCAGGAGACACCCCAGAUGUCACCCAGACAUGACCCCAGCGUGUCUCAGGGCAGGGCGAACUAGUCGGCACUGGGCCAGCAGGCAAUGUCUGUGCUUUUCUGAUUCUAGGAAAACUGUGAAAACACAGUGAAGUUCACAUGUGCUCAUCACGUGUGUCCCCACCAGGAUGGAGAUGGAGAGCAUGUGCCCUCAGGAGCUCUGCUCUGACUCUGUCUCCGCAGGGCAGUGCCGGUUCUUCCCCUCCCCAUCACAUGGAAAGGCCCCCCUUCUCUGCUCCUGUAAGAGCCUUCACAUCCUGAGGGUUCAUGGCUGUUCUCUUUUGUAGCUAUGUGACACUGCUGGUUAAAUGUCAUGAUCUGCUUCUCUGGUCUCUUGCUGAUGCCCUUUGGGUUGUUUCCAGAAAGGCCGAAGCCAUGGAGCAGCUGUGAGGCCCAUAGUUGGGCGCACGAGAACCCUCUCCACACUGUGUAUUGGGUUGGAGCUCCAGGAGUGGAGUUGCUGGGUGACCAGAUGAUCACUGGUCUGCUCUUAGGACUACAUGCUGUGGGAUGGCUGCCUUGCAGCCCUGGGUGGGACACUGCUCUGGCCUUCCCCAGUCAGGACCUCGGUGUCUGCUCUUAGUGGGCAGUGGCCCCAUGUGAUCUUCACCCUGCUAGGGCCUGGCAGGCUGUGGAAAACACCUAAUAUCCAGGACCCAAGUGGGGCCUUUAUGAAUUCUCCCUGGAACUCUCUUUAGGGCAUUUUCCCAUGACCUCUUGACCCCUGAGACUCUGGCCCUUGCCCUUUCUUUGUGUCCCUUGGCCAUGGCAGAGGGAUGAGAAACUGCCACAGAUCUGAUUACUCACUGGGCUGAGACCAUAGGCUCUUUCUCACUUCCAGCCGGAUUCAGGAACUCCGUUCUGCAAAUGUGGCAGCUAACAUUGACCUAAGGAUGUCUAUUACGUCCACAGCAUGGAGGGAGUCAGUGAGGUGGUGUGUGCCCCAGUGAAGCAGUGUGAUAUGGAGGCUUCAGAGUCAAAUAGCUUCAGGUGUGAUAUGAACUUCAGAAUCAAAUAACCUAAGACACAUACCAGCUCAUAUCUCCUUCCUGGGCCUCCAUCUGCAAGAUGGAGCCUGUUAUCCCCAGUAGAAAAAGUAUAAGAGAGAUUCUUCUUAGAGUACUCAUCAUGCAAUGAGGCAUGAAUCCAGGAUUUCCAAUUGGCAACCUCAAUUUCCCUCUGUGCAAAAGAAGUAGCAGGCCUUCCACUCUAUGGAGUAAUUUUUUUUCCUAAUUUGUUUUCCUUCCUUUCUUUGUGCUGCUGGGGAUGGAACCCAGAGCCUCACACAUGCUAAGCAAGCACUUUAGCACCUAACACAACCAGCCCUGAUGAGCAAUUUUUAAGCAUACAAAUAUAAUUUUUAAAAAACAAGAACAUGAGCCAGGGUGGGUGGUAGAUGUCUGUAAUCCCAGCCAUUGGGAGGCUAAGGCAGGAGGGUCACAUGUUUGAGACCAGCGUGGACAACUUAGCAAGACCCUCAAAAUAAAAAUUAAAAAAGGCUGGGGGUGUAGCUCAGUAGUCGAGCGCCCUGGGUUCAAUCUCUGGUACUGAAAACAAAUAAACUAUAAGACCUCCUGCAAAGACAGCUGGAGGCUCCUGUACCAUGACAGGUCUGGGGAGGGCAGCCAAAGCUGUGAGAGGGCCAGAGCUUCUGCUUGCCCCCCAAGAACUCACACACAGCAGUGGGUACAUCCUGCCCCACAGCAGAGAUCCGCACCAGCCAUUUCCAGGAACCGGGGAACUCCACUGAACAGGAUUCCUCAUGCAACUGAGAUGGAUAGACACCUCCCAGGGACGGAUAGACCUGGGAAGAAAUCCCAUCUUCUACCCCAGUGUCCUUUCCCACCAGUCUCAAGAGUAGGAAAAUAGGAAGAUGUCCUUUGUGUGGUCAUUGGGGUCCUGGGGCUGCCCUCACAAAUGACUGCAGUCUGGGUGGCCUAGAAGAGAGAUUGAUUCUCUCACAUUCUGAGGUCCAGGUGUUGGCCAGGCAGGCUCCCUCCGAAGGUGGCAGAGAGGGUCUGCUCAGGUCCUCUCCAGCCUCUGGUGGCUCUUUGGCUGGUGGCAGCAUCUUCCCGUGAGCUUGUCUGACUCAUCACAUGGCUGUUUAUUUAUUUACUUAUUUAUUGUCAUCAUUUAGUGCUGGGAAUUAAACCCAGGACCUUGCACAUGCUAGGCAAGCACUCCACUCAGCUGUGCCCUCAGCCCACAUGGACAUCAGUCAUAUUAGAGCAGGGUCCACCCUCCUCUGGUAUGACAUCAUCUUUACACCUAUAGCAAUCCUGUCUCCAAACAUGCUCCCGUUCUAAAGUAUGGGUGGUUAUGGCUUUAGUACUAAAUUUAGGGUUGGGAAUGGGAUAAACAACUCAGCCUAUAUCAACUGGGGAGGCAGAAAAGCCGGUAACCCCCCCCCCCAGAGGCCACGUCAUAAAUACGUUUGCUCAUAGCAUACAGUGUGAGGCAGGGUUUCUGCAGAGGGAAUGCUGAAUCAGUUGCAGGAAUGUAUUGUUUUUCAUUUUUAUAAGUGUAUACAAAGAGAUUUGUCAUAUUUAAAUUCUCAUUAAAAUGUCUAAUAAAGUC